UAGUUUACAUCCUUGUUUUGCGCCGGUCGCGUUUCUUGAAGUUUCCACUGAAUUUCAGAUUUUAGUGUGUGUUCAGCCAUGUUGGGCAGUGACGGCGAUAUAGGUGUCGCAGCGUUAAAACGUCGGGUGUAAUUUUUGGUGUUUUGUGACGUUAAGUGGCCACAUAAAAUUGGAUUAAUGACGGGCGCAACAGAAGCCAUGAACUGGGGCACGGAGCUCUGGGAUCAAUACGAUAACCUGUCGACGCAUACGAUGAAAGGGAUAGAUUACCUGGAAAGGAUCGGACAUUUUUUUCGGGACAGGGCCGCUAUAGAGUCCGAGUACGCUUACAAGUUACGGAGGCUGGUGAAAAAUUAUCAGCCGAAAAAAAAGGAAGAGGAGGACUACCAAUUUACGUCGUGCACCGCCUUCAAGGACCUCAUGCAGGAGAUCAACGAUUUGGCGGGACAGCACGAGGUCGUCGCCGAAAACCUCCAGGAGAAGGUGAUCAAAGAGCUUACGCAUCUGGUGAAAGACCUGCGGGAAGAGCGAAAGAAACAGCUACAGGAGGGGCAGAGGCUGUCGCAGACGCUCCAAGCGCAAAUAGAGAACCUGCAACGGUCGAAGAAGGCGUACGACAAGGCGUUCAAGGAAGCGGAGAAGGCGAUCGAGGGCUUCCAAAAGGCCGACGCGGACUUUAACCUUUCCAGGGCCGAGGUGGAGAAACAUCGGUCCAAUAUGGCGCAAAAGACGCAAGCGUGCGACCAGGCGAAGAACGAAUACGCGGUACAGCUGCAGCGGACCAAUGAUCUGCAGCGGCAGCAUUUCCGGUCCGGAUUGCCGGAGGUGUUCCGGCAGUUGCAGGAACUCGACGAGAAGCGCAUCAAAAACAUCAAAAACUUUAUACGGGGCUCGGUCGAUAUCGAGAAAAACGUGUUUCCUAUUAUCAAUAAGUGUUUGGACGGCAUCCUCAAAGCGGCCGACGUGAUCGACGAAAAGGAGGACACGUUGCUGGUGAUAGAAAAAUACAAGUCGGGCUUCCAGCCGCCCGACGAUUUUCCCUUCGAGGAUCUAUCGAAAGGGGGCAGCGACGCGGGCAGCGCGAACAACAUCAACAACAUUCAGAUCGGGGGCCGACUGAAGGACGGCGGCUACACCGUCAAGGGCACCAUCACCGGCAAAGCCAUGAAGAAGAGGGCGGGCAUAUUUAACAUUUUCGGAGGCCGGGGGAAGCUUGCAGAAGUCUGUUUGGCCAUAAAGAACGCGACCAUUGACGGCGGCAAGGAGGACCUCAGCGAGUUGCCGCCGAACCAGCGACGGAAAAAGCUGAUGCAGAAGGUGGACGAACUGAAGACCAAGGUGGGGCAGGAGACGGCCGCUCGGGACGGCCUCAUGAAGAUGAAGGGCGUGUACGAGAUGAAUCCCGCGCUGGGCGAUCCGCGCACGAUCGAAAGCCAAUUGAACGAGUGCAAUCACCGGCUGGAGAAGCUCCAGCAGGACCUGGUGCGGUACCACGGUUACCUCGACGACGCGCUCAAGGGUAUCCAAUCGCAGAACAACUCGGUGGCGGGCUCGCCGAGGCUGUUGAACGGCUCGAGGCGGCACCGUAACUCGGGCGGCAGCGCCGCCGAGGAGGAGUCGCUGAGUCGGUCGGCGAGCGACAGCAGCGUGACGAACCCCACGCUGAACCACAACAAGAGGAGCGCCCCGGGCACCCCUCAGCUGAAUCACGGUUGUUCCAAUAGUCCCGAAAGCGGUAUCGGAACGUCGCGGACAUCGUUGCCGACGACGGGGGCGGACUCGGACCACGACCAAUACGACGGCAACGUCGCCGAUCCCGAGAGCGAGUACUACGAGGCGGACAUGCUGCCCACGAUAGGCAACUGCAAAGCGCUGUACGCGUUCGAAGCGACGAGCGAAGGCAGCAUCCCGAUGGCCCAGUUCGAGGAGCUGCACCUAAUCGAGCUCGAUCAGGGCGACGGUUGGACGCGGGUGAGGCGGAUGAACGGCGAAUUCGAAGAGGGUUUCGUGCCGACGUCCUACAUCGAAACGACCGUGUUCGAUACUUAGACGCCGCCGUCGCCGGCGUCUAGUAAUGUGUACAUUAAGUCGGUAGGCGUUAUCAGUUUUUUUUUUAUAGAUAGUUCACAUCUACGGAGGACUGCAAAAAAGGGAGACACCGACGAGGUCGUAACUAUUUGUCCCCCUUCUUGCCGCCCCCCCCCCCGUAUUUACGUCGAACGCUGUGAAACUUUUUACGGCCAUUAAUUAUUAAGCUGACCUGUCGAAGAUCAAAGGGUGGGAGCGAUCGAAGCGGCGUAUUUUUUUAUUAUGUGGCUUAGCACAAUUUGUUGACUCGUGUAUGUAUGUGUCUUUUGAAAUGGAACCGGGAGCUUUCUCCCAACGAUCCGUUCGUUUUUCUAUUGUUGCGAAAUUGUCUAGGGCUGAUUCUCCCUGUGCCAACAAUUUUUCCAACCCGUCGGGGACAUUUUUGUACAUACCGCGCUCACAUAUACAGGGUGUCUUGAUAAUGAUGCGGAAUGUGUUAAGGCGCGAUUCGUCGGCGGAAAUUGUAAGAAAUUAAAAUGGAAUGACGCUUUGGGAUAAGGUAGCGACGGGCGAAAAAAUAUAAUAUUUUUUAAUAAACUUUAUUUAAAGAGGACCUACAACUUUUUUGCACCUUCACUUUUUUCAGAUAAAAUUGGUGGUUUGGUGUUUUUUUACAUAAAAAAUAAUAUCUCGUUUUAUUUUUCUAAAUUAAACAGUUUCAUUUAAACUAAAAGUGACUCCAUAAUUGUCGCCGAAAAAUCAGCCUUUCAAUUCCACGUCAAUGUCGUCAAGUACCCUGCACACUAACAUUUAGCCCUAAAAGUAGAACAUAGUCGUGAAACCUAUUUGUAACAUACGGAUAGCAAAGUUUAAAAUAUUUUAUAGACCUUUUAUAUAUAUAUAUUUACGUUUUUUUUUUUUGUAAUUUAUUUCGAGUUUAUCGGCCGGCUUCAAAAGAGGAGCGGCGGAAUGCGGCGAUGCGCCCCGUUGUUUUGAAAUUGCCCGAAAAAACGCUGAAAGUUGUGCGCGCUCGGGUAUUUUUUUUAUAUUGUGUAAUCGUGUUCGCAAAAAUAUCAUCUGCAAAAUCAUAUCGUCUCGCUGGAUAUAUAUUUUUACCGCUCAUAAACGCUGUUAUAAAUGUAUAUGUAUACAUGUAUAUGUUUACGCCAUUAGCUCGCGCUCACAGGAGAGCCGCCAUUCUAUUGGGGUUCUUUACGUUUCUUUGCGCUCGAAGUGUAUUAUGUAUAACGACUGAACGUUGUAUAAACAAAUUUGCAUUAAAUAUUACCUUCGCCUGCGUUUUCGUUUUC